AUGACACCGUACCCAGCGCAGCCCAUCAAAGGCAGAGAGCGAUAUCGCGUAAUGAUGGAUAUCCGCAAACUUGAUGCCCGGAAUUGGCUUACACUCGACAAGAAUUAUAUGGACGAACACCGGGUACGGACUCAAUUGCUUCACGAGAAAAGAGAAGAAGUCCUGCGCUGUCUGCCAGAGUCAAUUGAGCCGUGCCAGGAGGCAUUGGAGGAAGUUUCCGAUUUUCUCUGCGAGAGAUUCCCUAAUAUGUUCGAAAUGUCAAUUCAAGACGGUCGAAAAAUCGUCGACAAUCGCAUGACUGGCGACAAAUUCACCGUCAGUGGGCGCGACUCCAAUGAGGGAUUAACCGAGGCACUCGAAGCGGCUGUUCGUCUCACAAUGGAGGAUCUCAGCAUUUUGAUGAUGAAUGAGGAUGGGGAAUUCUACCUGGCAGCUAGCGCCAGCCUCUUCCCAACGGGGUGGACAGUGAACCAGAGGAUUGGCUGGACCAUCUCUCAACUGCAUGGCCCUGUACCACUAUGGCACCAGCAAGUCGCCAACUCCGUCAGCAAAUUCCUUGCUCGGCUAACCCCAUCCUCUCCAAUGGAGCGCUCAAACUUCUUCGUAGAAAUCAAGGGGCCCAACGAGAACCUGACCGAGAUCCUCUAUCGGCCCAACUCCCUCUGCGAGAAAGAGUUGAGGAGCCCAUUACCGUCAGAUAUUUUGAUCCGCCGCGAGAGACAGACUUUCCGUCGACUGCCACGGACAGAGGCGAUUGUCUUCGGCGUCAAGACGUAUCUCACGCCACUAGAUGAGCUUCCAAUGACCGAGCUGGAAAAUCUGGCCAAGGAAAUGAAGAGUUGGCCUGAUCAUGUGGGUGAGUAUAAGGGGAGAGAUGUUUGGGGGGCUAAAGUGUUGGAAUACUAUCAGAAGCGGGUUGGUGAGGGCGAAAAGACAGGAAAUGAAGAGGAAAAAAGCCAGAGCAUUCAGGUUUGA